AUACCAAAAAUAAAACCUUUAUGAUAUUGUGGCCCGCAAGUGGUCGUUCCGCGUUCGGCUCGUUUAGUUAACAGGUGGCACAAAUAACACAUGUACGUUUUGCUGAUGGUUGCUAGUUGAUAAAAUAACUGAGCGACGAACUAUGAUUACUUAAAAUCCUCUGAAGGUAACCUAACCUUACCUUUUUCAUUUUGAAAUCUGUGCGUUUUCGAAGUUUCGAAGAUUUCUUACGUGCGAAGCCCAAAUAAGAGUAUUCGUACUGGCUCUCGUUUCUGCUACGUAUAUUUAUAUAGCCUAUACCUUUUAGUUUUUGCAACAAUAACAUGAAAAAGCAUAUUGUUAAAAAACCAUUCCGUGUAGCUGUUGAAGGAAAUGUUGGGUCUGGAAAAUCAACAUUAAUAAAGUAUUUUGAAAAGUUUAAGGAAGUUGAAACAAAUCCUGAACCAAUAGAAACAUGGCGAGAUUUAAAUGGUCAUAACUUACUUCAACUGACAUACUCAGAUCCUCACAGAUGGAAUUUUGCUUUUCAACAUAAUGUGCAAUUAAGUCGUUUGAAUUUACAGUCAAAAACUACAAAUAAGGACAUACAAAUGUUUGAACGUUCAUUACAAAAUAAUAGAUAUUGUUUUGUGGAGAUGGCGCAUGACAAAGGAUUAUUAUCCAGUCCUGAAUAUGGAGUGAUGUGUCAAUGGUACGAAUACAUCGAAACAAAUGUAGACAUUGGAUUAGAUCUUAUUGUGUAUCUAAGAAGUUUACCAGACAUUGUGCAUACAAGAAUGCAACGUCGUAAUCGUCCAGAAGAGCGUACUGUAAAACUUGAUUAUUUGAUAGAUUUACAUGAAUACUAUGAAAAAUGGCUAAUGGAGAAAUUUUUCAAUCUCCCAUGUUCAUUAUUGGUGAUAGAUGUCAACAAAGACUUAUCUGACAAUCAACUUGUAGAUAUAUAUAAAACUUAUGAAAAUAGAAUAUUGGGGAAAAUACCAGUUUUAUAAUGUAAUAAGUUUCUAUUAUAAGUGAUAUCAUGUGUCAAACAAAUAAUUCUUAUAAAAAUUAAUGCAUAAGUUAUAUUUUAAUUUCUAAUAGGGAUAAUUUAUGUAUAUUUGUGUC